AGAGAGAAUGGCAAAGAAAUCAAAAGUAGCAUUCUACAGUCAGGUGCAAAUUGUUGGCCUAUACCGAGUAAGGGUUUUUUUUCCUUUCGCCCUUCUCUAUUUUGUUUGAUUUUUCGUAGAGCUAAGCCGACUUUUUAAUUGCUGUCGAGAGUGUAGUAGGGCUGUUACUGUAAUUAUUGGCUUGUGGCCUUUGUUCAUUGUGUCGGGAGGGGGGAACUUGCUUUUAGGUGAUUGGCUUAAUGAGGGCGCCUACGGUGAGGGCUCUAAAGACAGCAAGAAAUGUGUAAAAAUCCCUGACAUUGCCUGAGCUUUGAAUUUUUAGUUUUGUUUCUUGAACAAGUCACAGAUUUUCCACCACACACACAAAGGUCGCUGUGAACCUAUGCUUGAGGUCCACAGACUUUAAAACUUAACGUUCGUUCUCUUUGCUUCACAGGAACUGGAACUUGAAUCGCAACAAAAAUAUAAAUCAAUAAGAAACUGCAUAUCUCUGAAUUUAUUUGAUAAAUCAAAUGGAAAUUAUACAUCUAUACAUAUAUUGUAGUUCUUUAAGAGUUCUUUAAGUAUUUAAGUUCAAGUAUAAGCCAGGUAAAAGUCUAUGGUCAUAUAAGUAACAACAGCUUCCCUCCACAUGUGAAUAUCAUCCACAACGAUGAUAACUACGAUGAUAACUGCGAUGCAACUAUAAACCCCAAACAACAACAAAUCAAUCAAUCAAUCAAUAUGUGUGAUCUGCAACAACAAAUGGAACUGCAACUGCAACUGAAACCGAAACAACAAUCGCAACAUUUGGCGUGACAACAUUUACAAUAAUUCCAAUAAAUGUUGCUAUCAUGCCAAUAAUGAUGAUGACAUCGCAUUUACUAACACAUCUUGUUAUAUCCGAUGAUUUUCGGCUUGCGAAAAUGUAUUUAACAAACGAUUGAAACGAUUGUAUUGAAAUAUUUGAAACGAAACAAUAAACCUCAACAACAACAACUGAAACACACACAAAAACACUCCACUCCCUUACACCACCCACACACACACUCUUUCUUCUGCUUUCCACACACCCACUCAAAACAUAUCCCCAUUAACUCCGCUGUGCAUACUGCUGCCAUCUCUCUCUAGCGAAAGAAAGCCAGCGAGUGAGUGAGUGAGAGUGAGAGAGUCGAGAGGGUGUCGAUCGUCAGCAAUAGAGUAAGUCUGACAGAGACAGCGACAGCGACAGACAGAGAAGCUGCUGUGUAAAUAAUCGAAAUUAUAAAACUAUCGUUGUUGUUAUCGACUGUCGCUUCAACCUAUUAAGCCCUCCCCACAAAUACUACCCCGAUAUACACGAACCGAGAUCAUAGAUAUAAUGGGUCUGCAGAUGGCAGCAUCCAAUUUUGUUGCAGCAUCCAGCCUCCUAGCGUUGUUGUUGCUCCACUGGACGCCCGCAAUCGUCGAUGCAGUCCAUGCAAAUUUUUCGGAUUUUCCAUAUAUACAAUAUCUCACACAUCCGCCGGAGAUCAUCAGGAAGCCACAGAAUCAGGGCGUACGGGUGGGCGGCGUUGCGAGCUUCUAUUGUGCGGCACGCGGUGAUCCGCCGCCAUCGAUAGUCUGGCGCAAGAAUGGCAAAAAAGUUUCGGGAACCCAAUCUCGUUAUACGGUGCUGGAGCAGCCCGGCGGGAUAUCCAUAUUACGUAUUGAGCCGGUGCGAGCGGGCCGUGAUGAUGCCCCCUACGAGUGUGUGGCGGAGAACGGUGUGGGCGAUGCCGUUGCCGCAGAUGCAACUUUAACCAUCUAUGAAGGCGAUAAAACACCCGCAGGCUUUCCGGUUAUAACCCAAGGACCGGGCACACGCGUCAUUGAAGUGGGUCACACGGUGCUCAUGACAUGCAAAGCCAUCGGCAAUCCGACGCCAAACAUUUACUGGAUUAAGAAUCAGACAAAGGUUGAUAUGAGCAAUCCACGGUAUUCCCUUAAAGAUGGUUUCUUGCAAAUCGAAAACAGUCGCGAAGAGGACCAGGGCAAAUACGAAUGUGUCGCCGAGAAUUCUGUGGGCACCGAGCACUCGAAGGCCACCAAUUUGUAUGUGAAAGUACGUCGUGUGCCGCCCACAUUCUCGCGCCCGCCAGAGGCCAUCAGUGAGGUGAUGCUGGGAGCAAAUCUGAAUCUAUCCUGCAUUGCUGUUGGUUCCCCAAUGCCGCAUGUCAAGUGGAUGAAGGGUGCACUGGAUCUAACGCCCGAGAAUGAGAUGCCCAUUGGUCGGAAUGUGCUGCAGCUGAUCAACAUUCAAGAGAGCGCCAAUUACACAUGCAUUGCGGCCUCCACUCUGGGGAAUAUCGACUCUGUUUCGGUGGUUAAAGUGCAAUCUCUUCCCACUGCGCCCUCCGAUGUGCAAAUCUCUGAGGUGACCGCCACUUCGGUGCGUCUGGAGUGGUCAUACAAGGGUCCCGAGGAUCUGCACUACUACGUGAUCCAGUACAAGCCGAAAAAUGCGAAUCAGGCCUUCAGUGAGAUCAGUGGCAUCAUCACCAUGUACUAUGUGGUGCGUGCCCUCAGUCCCUAUACGGAGUACGAGUUCUAUGUGAUAGCCGUCAAUAAUAUUGGACGGGGUCCGCCCUCGGCCCCAGCGACCUGUACCACCGGUGAGACAAAAAUGGAAAGUGCACCACGUAAUGUUCAAGUGCGGACGCUGAGCUCGUCCACGAUGGUUAUUACCUGGGAACCCCCGGAGACGCCCAAUGGACAAGUGACCGGCUAUAAGGUAUACUACACAACGAAUUCGAACCAGCCGGAAGCCUCAUGGAACUCACAAAUGGUCGACAAUAGCGAGCUGACAACAGUAUCGGAGCUGACACCCCAUGCCAUCUAUACGGUUCGUGUGCAGGCCUAUACCUCAAUGGGUGCCGGUCCCAUGUCCACACCCGUACAGGUGAAGGCCCAGCAAGGUGUGCCAUCGCAACCGAGCAAUUUCCGGGCCACCGAUAUCGGCGAGACCGCAGUCACACUGCAAUGGUCAAAGCCUACGCAUUCCAGCGAGAAUAUUGUACACUACGAGCUCUACUGGAAUGACACAUACGCCAAUCAGGCACAUCACAAGCGCAUCUCAAACUCUGAAUCGUAUACGCUGGAUGGUCUGUAUCCUGAUACCCUGUACUAUAUCUGGCUGGCGGCACGAUCGCAACGGGGCGAAGGGGCCACCACACCGCCCAUACCAGUACGCACCAAGCAAUAUGUACCAGGUGCACCGCCCCGUAAUAUCACCGCCCUAGCCAGCAGCUCGACGACGAUCGCCCUUAGCUGGCUGCCGCCGCCCGUUGAGCGUUCGAACGGUCGGAUCAUUUACUAUAAGGUGUUCUUCGUGGAGGUGGGCCGCGAAGACGACGAGGCCACCACACUGACCCUCAAUAUGACCAGCAUCGUACUCGACGAACUGAAACGCUGGACCGAGUACAAAAUCUGGGUGCUGGCCGGCACCUCCGUCGGCGACGGUCCGCGCUCCCAUCCGAUCAUAUUGCGAACCCAAGAGGAUGUGCCUGGAGAUCCGCAGGACGUGAAGGCCACGCCCUUGAACUCCACGUCGGUGCAUGUGAGCUGGAAGCCGCCACUCGAGAAGGAUCGCAAUGGCAUCAUCCGCGGCUAUCACAUCCAUGCCCAGGAACUGAGAGAUGAGGGCAAAGGCUUCCUCAAUGAGCCCUUCAAAUUCGAUGUCGCCGACAUGCUGGAGUUCAAUGUGACUGGCCUGCAGCCGGACACCAAGUACUCCAUCCAAGUGGCCGCCCUCACGCGCAAGGGCGACGGCGAUCGCAGUGCGGCGAUUGUGGUGAAGACACCCGGCGGCGUGCCCGUCCGUCCCACGGUGAGUCUGAAGAUCAUGGAGCGGGAUCCCAUUGUGUCCAUUGAGCUGGAGUGGGAGCGUCCGGCGCAGACGUACGGCGAGCUGCGUGGCUAUCGAUUGCGCUGGGGCGUCAAGGAUCAGGCGCUGAAGGAGGAGAUGCUGUCCGGACCGCAGAUGACGAAGAAGCGCUUCAACGAUCUGGAACGGGGUGUGGAGUACGAGUUCCGGGUGGCGGGCAGCAAUCACAUCGGCAUUGGCCAGGAGACGGUGAAGAUAUUCCAGACGCCCGAGGGCACACCCGCCGGGCCGCCCGCGAACAUCACGAUCCGCUUCCAGACGCCCGAUGUGGUGUGCGUCACGUGGGAUCCGCCCACGCGGGAGCAUCGCAAUGGCCUGAUCACCCGCUACGACGUGCAGUUCCACAAGAAGAUCGACCACGGCCUCGGCUCCGAGCGGAACAUGACGCUGCGCAAGGCUGUGUACACGAACCUCGAGGAGAACACGGAGUACAUCUUCCGUGUGCGGGCGUACACCAAGCAGGGAGCGGGCCCCUUCAGCGACAAACUGAUUGUGGAGACGGAGCGGGACAUGGGCAGGGCGCCCAUGUCCGUGCAGGCGGAGGCCACCUCCGAACAGACGGCGGAGAUCUGGUGGGAGCCAGUGCCGAGUCGCGGCAAGCUGCUGGGCUACAAGAUCUUCUACACGAUGACCGCUGUCGAGGACCUGGACGAUUGGCAAACGAAAACGGUGGGCCUGACGGAGUCCGCAGAUCUGGUGAAUCUCGAAAAGUUCGCCCAGUACGCGGUGGCCAUUGCGGCGCGGUUCAAGAACGGCCUGGGACGCCUCAGCGAGAAGGUGACGGUGCGCAUCAAGCCCGAGGAUGUGCCCUUGAAUCUGCGCGCCCACGAUGUCAGCACCCACUCGAUGACCCUCAGCUGGUCGCCGCCCAUUCGCCUCACGCCCGUCAACUACAAGAUCAGCUUCGAUGCCAUGAAGGUGUUCGUGGACUCGCAGGGCUUCUCCCAGACGCAGAUCGUCCAGAAGCGCGAGAUCAUACUCAAGCACUACGUGAAGACGCACACCAUCAACGAGCUGAGUCCGUUCACCACCUACAACGUGAACGUGAGCGCCAUUCCCUCGGACUACUCGUAUCGGCCGCCCACCAAGAUCACCGUCACCACACAGAUGGCCGCUCCCCAGCCGAUGGUCAAGCCGGACUUCUACGGCGUCGUGAAUGGCGAGGAGAUACUGGUGAUACUGCCGCAGGCCUCGGAAGAGUACGGGCCCAUCUCGCACUACUAUCUGGUGGUGGUGCCGGAGGACAAGUCCAAUCUGCACAAGAUACCCGAUCAGUUCCUCACCGACGACCUGCUGCCGGGACGCAACAAGCCGGAGCGCCCCAAUGCCCCGUAUAUUGCGGCCAAGUUCCCGCAGCGAUCGAUACCCUUCACGUUCCAUCUGGGAUCGGGCGAUGACUACCACAACUUCACGAACCGCAAGCUGGAGCGCGAGAAGCGCUAUCGGAUCUUUGUGCGGGCCGUGGUGGACACGCCGCAGAAGCAUCUGUAUACGUCCAGUCCCUUCUCCGAGUUCCUGUCGCUGGACAUGCGAGAGGCGCCGCCUGGCGAGCGGCCGCACCGACCCGAUCCCAAUUGGCCCUCGGAGCCGGAGGUGUCGGUGAAUCGCAACAAGGACGAGCCGGAAAUCCUGUGGGUGGUUCUGCCGCUGAUGGUGUCCACCUUCCUGGUGUCCACCGCCCUGAUUGUGCUCUGCGUGGUGAAGCGUCGCCGCCAGCCGUGCAAGACCCCGGACCAGGCGGCCGUGACGCGACCCCUGAUGGCCGCCGACCUGGGCGCCGGACCCACGCCCAGCGAUCCGGUGGACAUGCGCCGACUGAACUUCCAGACGCCCGGCAUGAUCUCGCAUCCGCCCAUUCCGAUCUCGGAGUUUGCCAACCACAUUGAGCGCCUCAAGUCCAACGACAAUCAGAAGUUCUCGCAGGAGUACGAGAGCAUCGAGCCCGGCCAGCAGUUCACGUGGGACAACUCGAAUUUGGAGCACAACAAGUCGAAGAAUCGGUACGCCAAUGUGACCGCCUACGACCACUCGCGGGUGCAGCUGCCGCCGACGGAGGGCACACCCGGCUCGGACUACAUCAAUGCCAACUACUGCGACGGGUAUCGGAAGCACAACGCCUACGUGGCCACCCAGGGACCGCUGCAGGAGACCUUCGUUGACUUCUGGCGCAUGUGCUGGGAGCUGAAGACGGCGACCAUUGUGAUGAUGACGCGACUGGAGGAGCGCACGCGCAUCAAGUGCGACCAGUACUGGCCGACGCGCGGCACCGAGACCUACGGACAGAUCUUUGUGACCAUCACGGAGACCCAGGAGCUGGCCACCUACAGCAUCCGGACGUUCCAGCUGUGCCGCCAGGGCUUCAACGAUCGACGGGAGAUCAAGCAGCUGCAGUUCACGGCCUGGCCCGAUCACGGCGUACCCGAUCAUCCGGCCCCCUUCCUGCAGUUCCUGCGACGCUGUCGCGCCCUGACGCCACCGGAAUCGGGGCCCGUGGUCGUUCACUGCUCGGCGGGAGUGGGACGCACUGGCUGCUACAUUGUGAUCGAUUCGAUGCUGGAGCGGAUGAAGCACGAGAAGAUCAUCGACAUCUAUGGACAUGUGACGUGUCUGCGGGCCCAGCGCAACUACAUGGUGCAGACGGAGGACCAGUACAUCUUCAUCCACGACGCGAUCAUUGAGGCCAUCAUCUGCGGUCUGACGGAGGUGCCGGCCCGCAAUCUGCACACCCAUCUGCAGAAGCUGCUGAUCACGGAGCCCGGCGAGAGCAUCUCCGGCAUGGAGGUGGAGUUCAAGAAGCUGUCCAACGUGAAGAUGGACUCAUCCAAAUUCGUUACCGCCAACUUGCCCAGCAACAAGCACAAGAACCGUCUGGUGCACAUCCUGCCGUACGAAUCGAGUCGCGUUUACUUGACACCCAUCCACGGCAUCGAGGGCAGUGACUAUGUGAAUGCCAGCUUCAUCGACGGCUAUCGCUAUCGUUCCGCGUACAUUGCGGCCCAGGGACCAGUCCAGGACACAGCGGAAGACUUUUGGCGCAUGCUCUGGGAGCACAACUCCACGAUUGUGGUCAUGCUGACGAAGCUCAAGGAAAUGGGAAGGGAGAAAUGCUUCCAGUAUUGGCCGCACGAGCGAUCAGUGAGAUAUCAGUAUUAUGUUGUGGAUCCCAUUGCCGAGUACAAUAUGCCGCAGUACAAGCUGCGCGAAUUCAAGGUCACGGAUGCUCGGGAUGGUUCAUCGCGCACUGUCCGCCAGUUCCAGUUUAUCGACUGGCCAGAGCAGGGUGUGCCCAAGUCCGGUGAUGGCUUCAUCGAUUUCAUUGGCCAGGUGCACAAGACCAAGGAGCAGUUCGGCCAGGAUGGACCCAUAACCGUGCACUGUUCGGCGGGUGUGGGUCGCACCGGUGUCUUCAUUACCCUCAGCAUUGUGCUGGAGCGUAUGCAGUACGAGGGAGUGCUGGAUGUCUUCCAGACGGUGCGCAUCCUGCGCUCCCAGCGACCGGCGAUGGUGCAGACCGAGGAUCAAUAUCAUUUCUGCUAUCGCGCUGCUUUGGAGUAUUUGGGCUCAUUCGACAACUAUGCAAAUGGAUAGGAUUGGCGGGGGCAUAUCGAGUUGGGAUAGGAGGUAUAAGAGGAGCAGCAGGCGUAGCAGGCGCAGCAGGAGCAAAAACCUUGUCAACUUUGUGUUUGUUGUUCGUUCAUCAUUGUUCGUUGUUCGUUGCAUAUAUUUAUUUCGAACUCUACGCAUAAUACGCAUUUACGAUAUACACCGGAUAUCAUAACUCUCAAGUAUUAUAGCCAGCUACUGCCCCCCCACACACACACACACAUACUUACACUAUACUUAUACUUAUAGUUACAUCUUAAAUCUGUACGUGGAUAUGUUUUAGUUGAUAAGCGCACCAUCCGAUCCCAGCUGCCCCCCCCCCCCCCUCCAUCCCAGGAUAUGUUUGCAAUUACGAUUUGUAUCGGUGUCGGUCUUUAGAUGAGUUUUGAUUUCAACGUGGAAGAUGUGAACUAAAAAAGACUGUUACACGUUUAAUUAUCAGUAAUUUAUAUAUCAACACGUACAUACCACAUAUGUCUAUACUUAGUUAUGUAUAUGUAUAUGCAUAUGUAUACAUCUACCCAACAACACUCACAUAUUGUGCAUCAGGUUCUUGCUCGAACUAAUCAAGGCAGUCAAUCAUCAACUUGUUGUUUUGUGGCACCGUCGUUUUGUAGCGUCGUGGAGUAGAGUGGAGCGGACGGACCACUGGAAAUCGAUACAUAUUUGAACAAAGGACUUGGUAGCUAUUAAUCUUACCGCCUAAAUCGAAUCGAAUUGAAUCUCGAGCCCAAAAAUAAGAGUCGACAAAUGUAGUUGCCAUUUUGAACGUAGCCGCGCGUACUCCAAGUGGAAUCCAAAAUCCUACAACCAAUACAACAAUCAAUCAAAUACGAGUACGAGUACGAGACGAGACGAGUCGCUCGCGUACUUUUACAUAUGUGUAUGUUAAUCUGUUUUUAUACCUAGGUUCUGUAGAUUCUGUAGCUAUGCGCAUUGCAGAUGAGACGACUCUAAACCAAUACAAACCCGUGCAAUUAGUCAAAAGUCUUGCAUAGUGCAUAUUUUAUAAGGCAGCUAGUUUUUUAUACUUAAGUUGAGAUCUCCCCCGCUGGCAGCAGGCAGAAGGCAGAAGAUCGAGAGCAGAGCAGAUCGCUAUUUUAUAGUUUUAUAAACGGAUGCUAGUACAGAAAUAUAACUUCCAGCUGAGCAGCUAAUCGGAACUUCAACCUCAUUCCAACAGACUUCUACUUAGUUGCCGCCCACGCCCC